AUGACUACAAGAACAUAUAAAGAUGCAAUUAAUGCUUUAAACUCGUUACAAUCAAACUUUGCAUCAAUUGAAGCGAUGAAAAAAUUAGGUCCCAAUGUAAAUAGAAAUGAAUUAUCAAUAAAUGAAGUUAGAGAAUUUACAAAAAGGUUAGGCUACAACCCAAAAGAUUUCAAUAAAUUGAAUAUUAUACACGUUACUGGUACUAAGGGAAAAGGAUCAACAUGUGCAUUUACUGAAAGUAUAUUAAAACAAUAUCAACCUCAUGAUAUAAAUAAAAUUGGACUAUAUACAUCACCACAUUUAAAAUCAGUACGUGAAAGAAUUAGAAUAAAUGGAGAACCAAUUAAUAAAGAUCUUUUUACAAAAUAUUUUUUUGAAGUUUGGGAUAAAUUGUCAUCAACAAAAUCUGACCCCAUAGAAUGGCCAACUUUACAACCAAGUGAUCAAAUUAAACCAAUGUAUUUUAAAUAUUUGACUGUUUUAUCAUUUCAUGUGUUUUUACAAGAAGGUAUUGAUACUGCAAUUUACGAAGUUGGAGUUGGUGGAACUUUUGAUUCAACUAAUAUCAUAGAAAAACCUACAGUAACUGGUAUAAGUGCUCUAGGUAUUGAUCAUACAUUCAUGUUGGGUAAUACAAUUGAUAGUAUUACUGAUAAUAAAACCGGUAUUUUCAAAAAGGGAAGUCCUGUUUUUGUAAGUGAACAACAAGAAUAUCCUAAAACUCAUAAACAAAUCGAGAAAAGAGCUAAGGAGCUUGGUGCAUCUUCAUUGGAAUUUGUGAAAGCUGAUCAAUUGCCAGAUGUUCAAUUGGGAUUAUCAGGAGAAUUUCAAAAAGAAAAUGCAGCAUUGGCUGUUAGAUUAGCAGAUACGCAUUUGAAAGCUCUAGGUGUAGACAGUGGAUUGAAAAUUGGAAAAGAUGAUAAAAUUACUAGUCUACCAGAGAAGUUUGUGGUUGGAUUAAAAAACGUGGAUUGGCCAGGAAGAUGUCAAAUAAUAGAAAACAAACCAGAGGGUAUAACGUGGUAUAUAGAUGGAGCUCAUACAAUAGAAUCAAUAAAUGCUUCUUCAACUUGGUUUAAACAAGAACAAUUACAUUCAUCAUUACAAAAAAAAAGAGUACUUUUGUUUAAUCAACAAGGUAGAGAUAAUUAUGAGGAACUAUUAACUAAGUUACAUCAAGUUAUUUGUAUUGAUGACCCACAAAUAAAAUUUGAUGAAGUUAUAUUCACACCAAAUAUUACUUGGUCAUCAGGUCAAUAUAAUUCAGAACUAAUAGCGAAAAACACAUCUGAAGAUUCAGUUAAAAAAUUAGAAAUUCAAAAUAAGUUUAGUGAGUUAUGGGAAAAAUUAGAUGGAAACCAAUCAAAAAGACUUAUAUUCCCAGAUAUUGAAACUGCUGUUGAAUAUAUUAAGAAGCAAGAUCAAGUGAAUGUAUUUGUAUGUGGAUCAUUACAUUUAGUUGGAGGAUUUUUAGUUGUGUUAGAUAAUGAAAGAGAUUAA